AUUGGUACAGUUGGUACGAUAGCCAAUUUGGAGAUACUUUCAACUAUUACGUACAGUUGGGUUUCUUCAUGCAGUUUCAACUGCAAUUAACGAUUAGAUUCAAAUAUAUCAAAUUAAAUAUUAAAUUUGAAUUUACAUACCACAAUUAAAUAAGCUAACGUCCAUUACAUGUGCAACUUUGCUAGUUCUAAAGUAAUAGCCAAGACGGGAAAUGCAAUCCCCGGCCCUUCCAGGAGACCCAACGGCGGUGGUGAAAUGAAAAUCUUUGUGCGGUCAGAAAAUUACGGAAAUUUUGUGCUUGAGGUGGAAAAAUCCCACACCAUCGAGGAUGUGUUAAUCACUCUUGUUCCUCAUGAGGUGCUACAGUCGGGAUUGUGGGAUAUUGAUCUUGAUUUCAAUGGCAGUCCACUGAUGGAGAUAGAGAGAUCAUUGGCCCACUACGGAAUCCAGAAUGGGUCCAUCCUUCAACUUGAGUGCAUACAAGGGGGAGCCCGUAGCGACAGUGAUGAGAGACAGUGGCCAAAAGAAAUUUUGGGAAGAAAAAAGAUUAAAAUAACGGGUCGGCCUUCAGCAAUAUGGGAAAAAGCGCAUGAUCAAGUACUGCUUGAUUUAUUGGUAAAGCAAAUUCAAUCAAGAGGGAGAAAAAUACUAGACUUUAAAAAUAAUUCCUGGCGUGAUGUAGUAGCCAAGUUCAAUGAAGCAACAGGCAUGAAAUAUGAAGACAAACAUUUACAUGAUCGCUUCAGUUAUUAUGAACGUGAAUAUGGAAUAGUGCACAACAUCAAGCAUCAUCCAGAGUUUAGCUGGGAUCAUCAACGUCAAGUAGUAAUUGCCACAGAUGCUAAAUGGAAUAAAUAUAUUGAGGGAAAUCCCAGUGCGAAGCCCUAUCGAAGGAGAGCAGUACCGCAUAUUAAUUUAUAUGAAAUUGUGUUUGUCGAGAAAAAAAAAUAAAAUGUCGUGAUUUCCAAUGAGUGACUCUCUUGAAAUAAAAACAGUGUUGUAAUCUCUUCAUUCUCUACCUAGGAGAUCUCAACAAUUUCACAAUAAUCUUGUCUCGUGACUGAGACAAACAUUGUUAUGCUGUAUUUUUCACUUGCAACUUCUUAUCUGUUUAAAUUUGUGUUGUAUUAGCAUCUACUAUUAGAUUGUAGUGUAAGCUUAUAAUUCAUGCUUC